ACCUAACGUCAAGCGGACGACUUCAUUCAGUAACCGCGAAGGCGCCGUGAGAUCACCACCAGUAUCAGUCACCGCGCGAUACACCAGCCAGCCGCAAUGUCGCGCGUUUACCAACCUUCGGCUCACGUAGUCGAAAAGUCACGGAUACCAUCGUUCGACAAAUAUAAGGAGAUGUACAAAAAAUCAAUCGACAACCCAGAGGAGUUCUGGUCAGAAAUAGCCAAAGAAUUCCAUUGGCAGACGCCGCACCAGCCCGGUAAAUUCGUCUCGUAUAAUUUCGAUAUCACUAAAGGCGACAUUUUCGUUAAAUGGCUGGAAGGAGCGGUGACCAACAUCUCCGUGAACCUGCUGGACAGAAACGUGGAAAAGGGCUUUGGGGACAAAAUCGCCUAUUAUUGGGAGGGAAACCACCCAGAUGACUACAGCCGCAUCACGUACAAGAAGCUGAAAGACCUCGUGUGCCAGUUCGCGAAUGGCUUGCGGACGAGGGGCGUGCACAAGGGCGACAGGGUCGCGAUCUAUAUGCCCAUGAUCUUGGAGACCGUCGUGUGCAUGCUGGCCUGCGCAAGGAUCGGCGCUAUACACUCUGUAGUGUUCGCAGGUUUUUCUUCGGACUCGCUAGCUGAGCGCAUGUCGGAUUGCAAGGCCAAGGUGCUCGUGACUGCGGACGGCGGGUGGCGCGGGGAGAAACUGCUAGUCUUGAAGAAGACGUGUGACGAAGCGCUGGAGAAAGCUAAAACCAAACAUAACCACAAAGUGGAAAUGUGCGUGGUAGUUUCGCACCUGGCCAAGGCCACGCCGUGCGGUAAACUCGACGACAUUCGAAGCCUGUAUAACUGGAACGAUGACGUCGAUGUGUGGUGGCAUGACCUCAUCGAAGACGAGUCUGAUGUCUGCCCUCCGGAGUGGAUGGGGUCAGAGGAUCCCCUCUUUAUGCUGUAUACUAGCGGAUCCACGGGCAAACCAAAGGGAGUGUUGCAUACCACUGGGGGAUACUUGUUGUACGCGGCGAUGACGUUCCGAUACGUUUUCGACUACCGUGAAAGCGACAUCUAUUUCUGCACCGCCGAUGUCGGCUGGAUCACUGGACACACUUAUGUUGUCUAUGCGCCCCUGGCUAAUUGUGCGACCUCUGUUAUGUUCGAAGGCACCCCAUUCUACCCGGACAAGGAUCGUUACUGGGAGGUGGUGGAGAAAUAUAAGGUGACCCAGAUGUACACAGCACCUACUGCGAUCAGGUCGCUUAUGAAGUUCGGAGAGGACUACGUUACUAAACACGACUUGAAGUCCCUGCGAGUAUUGGGCAGUGUUGGGGAGCCAAUCAACCCAGAAGCGUGGUAUUGGUACUAUAACCUCGUGGGCGGUGGACGAAGCUCCAUCGUGGAUACGUUCUGGCAGACCGAGACCGGUGGGCACGUCAUCACUAGCUUGCCUGGAGCCACUCCUAUGAAACCUGGUGCUGCUGGGUUCCCAUUCUUCGGUGUUGCACCAAGUAUCCUGGAUGAGAACGGCAAGGUAAUCGAAGGGCCGGGUGAAGGUUAUCUGGUGUUCUCCCGACCCUGGCCAGGAGUCAUGCGCACUCUCUUUGGCGACCAUGAGCGCUACCAGAAGGUCUACUUCUCCAAGUUCCCGGGGUACUAUUGUACUGGUGACGGUGCGCGACGUGAUGAGGACGGGUUGAUCUGGGUGACGGGUCGCAUCGACGAUAUGCUGAACGUGUCGGGUCACCUCAUGUCCACUGCCGAAGUGGAAAGCGUCCUCACAGAAGACUCUCACGUCUCCGAAGCCGCCGUCGUGUCCCGGCCUCACCCGCAAAAGGGAGAAUCGCUCUAUUGCUUCGUGAUCCUCAACGAGGGCGUCCAAUACGACCCCUCUAUAACUGACGCACUGAAGAAACACGUACGCAGCAGAAUCGGCGCCUUUGCCGCUCCGGAUGUCAUUCACUUCGCUCCAGGCCUGCCCAAAACCAGGUCUGGGAAGAUAAUGAGGAGGAUAUUGAGGAAAAUCGCCUUGGGUGACGCCGAUAUUGGCGACACUUCCACCCUCGCUGAUCCGUCAGUGGUCGACGAGCUAUUCAAGAGCAGGAAGUAAACAGGAUCUUAAGUAUUUUUUUUCAGCUUAUGUUAUGCUAUUAGGGACGCAUUAUAGAUAUUAACAGCUCAAUGUUAUAAAGAAUAUCAAAUGUGUAGUUAAUUUUUUAUAGUUGGCACUUUUGUUUAUGCUUUACCAGAGGUUAUCUGUGCCAAAGUUUUAUAAUAGCAAUGGCAUGAAAAUUUUGUUUUAUUAUAUUAAAUAUCAUAAUACUCGUCAAAUGAUCCGUUAGGUGAAUUAAUUUUUAGCAUUAUUUCAUUUAAACCGUCCGAAUUUACAAUUUAGGUUCGAGUGUACAUCGGCUUUCUAUAUGAACUUAAAAAAUAUCUAUAUAUUUCCUUCAAAUCCCUAGUACCUAAAUCACAAAGCGAAAUAGAACGAUUAGUAUUUAACCAAAGGAUACUAUUCAAUGCAAACAAUAUCUAUCCUAAAUAUAAAUGAACAUUUAAAGUAAACAGCACAUUUAAUCUUGUAGCUACUUAUAGUUUAUGGUAUAUUGAAUCUGUGGAUAUCAUUUUCCCGCGCAUUCCCCUUCGUAGAAAAUGCGCUUCUUUUAAAGGCAUUCCAUUUAAAUAAAUCAAUGUAGUGGUAAUUGGUAUGUAUUAUAAUUCAAUAUUUAUGUUUUAGAAAGCUAACAAUGGUCACCUUCGUGAAAAGUAAACGGUAAUUCAAAAACAAAAUGCACACACUUCUAGAACAAUUCGUUCGAUAGUAAUAAUUAAAGAUUAUUUAUUUUACGUGCAAAUGGGAAUGGUUUAUUAUAGUAGUGUUAAGUAUAAUGUGGUAUUAUAUAAGUACGUGUAAACGUAAAUUAUUUGAGUGGAACAUUGUCUGUGUAAUUUUGAUUAAUUUAUACCAGUAUUUUGAAAAUAUUCUCAAAUAGGGCACACGUGUUUUAUACGUAGACUUAUUAUUAUGCAUGAAAGCAGUGUUUUGUGAUGCACAAUGAAUUUGCAAAUAUAAUCAAUAUCAAUUGAAAAAAUGUACACAUUAUAAUGUAACGUGUUCUCUGUCUAAAUGUGUGUUAUAUUCGCGCCACACGGCGUCAUUAGUACCUGUCAGCUGAAUGGGUCGCCAUAUGUCACCCCCACAAAACUGGGAUAUUAAAAGCAAUAUUUUAAUAUCCUUAUUCAGCCUACCUUUUCAUGCCAUUCAUUUUUGUUUCUUAUCCUAUCUUCUUAAUAUUAAUGAAAAAAUUCCUCUACUCAUUAAUAUUAGUCAUACUUUCAUACUCUGAAAUACUGUCAAAUACUUUCAGCUUGCACAUUCUACAUUUAAAUAAUUUCGGAAAAUUUAAUCGACGUACAAAAUUCAAAGUUAAAUCUAAGCUGAAAUGCGAAUAUCUUAAGUUAUAUGGUAGUGGAUGAUCACUUUACUUUAUAGAAUUAUUGCAAGUGCAAGCUUACUUAUACAUACCUAUAAAAUUCAUACCUAUUUAUGUAUCGUACAUAAUCGCUGUUGUUACUUGUUGUUGUCUAUAAUAUAGGAUUAUAAAAUAUAGUUAUGCUAUGCACCAUAGUAUAUUCAAUCGGUCACUAAUAUAAUGUACGAUUAGCAUCCAAUCAAAUUGGAUAUUACUUUUCGAUGAUUCUGUAGUCUGUGAGUUAAUUUAUGAGUUGAAUACUUCUAUAUGUAAGUGAGUGGUAGAUAACGAAUUUAGUUAUUAAUUUUAAAUGUUUGCAUAAACGCACACUGUUUCUUUUUUAAUAUUAUAUAAUUUAAAUGAAUUGUUACGUUAUCUUUAUAUACAACGAGCCAGAACGAAGAAGCAUAGAUGGGAAUUUGAAUUGAAAAUACUUAGUUAAAAAAUUAUGUCCACAAAUAAGGAAUUGUUCAGAAGCAAUAUUAUUGUUACUAUGUUACGUAAAAACAGUUUCUCUAUAAUAUAACUAAUAUGUAUAGAGUAUCGGGAAACGAAUUCAAUCUAAUUUAUUGAAACGAACAAUUGUAUUAUAAAAUAAUUUAUUUAACAUAAAACAAUGCAUUGAAAUGAAUUAUAAAAAAUUGUAUAUUUCUUUUCACUGUUCGCUUACUAAAAGGCAAAGGUCAUAAUACCUUUACGAAUUAAAGUCUUAAAUUCAAACAGUUUGUUGUAUUAUUUAGCCACUUGAUAUCCUACUACACUAAGGAAUAGUUCUUGUUGUUGCAUUUAAAAUAACUCUCACAAUAUUUACUGUCUUCGUCUGCAUAGCAAUAAAUUAUAGGACCGUAGCAAAAUUAAAUGUAGGUAUAAUCAUAAUAUAUUGUGUUACAACUUACACCACAGGUUAUACUGAUUACUGAGCGAGCACAACUGUCGUGCAGAACUAUGAAAUAGUUGUUAAGAUUUAAGAAACAUUGUGAUCGUGUAAUGAAACGGACAUAUCAUUAAACGUGAUGUUAUUCCA